AUGUCUUUCGCCGUCUCCGAUUCGGAGAUAAGUCCCAUCGGCAUAGCUACCAGGAAGUAUUCUCGUAAGAAACGCCUUAUCGUAGAUUUGUCAGCCCCUCGCAAUUCGUCUAUCCCAAGCAUAAACAGUUUGAUUCCUCCGGAGCCCUUUUCCUUGUCCUACGCUACCGUUGAUAAUGCAGUGACGAUGAUUCGAACAGCAGGUGUGGGCGCAUGGCUGGGCAAGGCAGACAUUACGGAUGCUUUCAAAGUCCUGCCACUUCACCCGUCCCAGUGGCACCUCUUUGGAGUCAAAUGGCGGUCUCGAUUCUAUUUUUCGGUUAAGCUGACUUUCGGCUGCCGUAGUAGUCCUCAUAUUUUCGACACCCUGUCAGAGGCAUUGUGCUGGGUUCUCUACAACGGCUGCAGAUUGCCCUUUGUGUUGCAUCUCUUGGAUGAUUUUCUUGUGGUGGAUUUUCCUUCUUCUCCUCCGGCUCGUAGAAUCUCCUUAUUGAAAGACCUUUUCCGGGAGUUGGGUGUCCCUCUCUCUCAGGAAAAGACUGUAGGCCCUUCCACUCGCUUGGAGUUUCUCGGCAUCACUCUUGAUAGCGUGCUCAUGCAGGCUUCCCUACCUCUUGACAAAUUGUCUCGCAUCAGAGAGGCUAUCAGCUCCUAUUCCUCUGCUGCUAGUGUUACGAAACGUGGUUUGUUGUCCCUGCUAGGUCACCUGAAUUUUGCUAUGCGUAUUAUACCUCAUGGUAGGUCUUUUGUGUCCCGCUUGCUGACUCUGGCUAAUUCUGUUGAGGAUUUGUCCGAUCUGGUUGUCUUGGAUGAGGGCUGCCGUUUGGAUCCUCGCUUUUGGUCCGUUUUGUGUAACGAGUGUAACGGCAUUUCCUUUUUCUAUAAUGAUUUUGUUGAGUCCUCCGAUUCCCUCCGUUUUUUCACUGAUGCAGCCCCUUCUGUUGGUUUUGGGGGGUUUUACAACAAUGAGUGGUUCGCGGACAAAUGGCCCUUAGAGAUUCAGUCUCUCAAUGAGUCCAAAUCGACAGCUCUCUUUGAGCUCUACCCCGUCGUUGUUGCUUGCCAGCUGUGGGGCCGCAGUUGGACAAGGAAGCAAAUUGUGGUGUUUUGCGACAAUUCUGCAAAGGUAGAAAUCAUCAAUAAAGGCCGCUCCAAAGUACCGAUAAUAAACAGCCUUAUGCGUCGUCUCACCUGGCUGUGCGUUUUGAAUAAUUUCAUUCUGCGGGCAGCCUUUUUUCCAGGUCACGAGAACCGUAUAGCUGAUGCCCUGUCUCGCUCUAAAUUCCAGGAGUUCAGAGACCUGUGUCCCCAGGCCAAGCCACACAGCAUUUCCUGCCCGCCGUUCAAUCAGAUGAUCCUGGAUUGAGCGCUUCUAAGACCCUGCAAGAUCUUUUGCACUCAGCCUCAAGUUACAUGAGA